CAUUGAUUACAAUCUUUCCACGGAAAUGUUUGAUGAUGUCGUCGAGAAGAAAUAAUAGGGGUAUUCUAAUGUGUCCAAGCCAUCCUGAUGCCAUUUUGGUUGAAGAUUACAGAGCUGGUGAUAUGGUUUGCCCUGAAUGUGGUUUAGUUGUUGGCGACCGUGUCGUUGAUGUUGGUUCAGAAUGGCGGACGUUCAACAACGAAAAGUCAGUAUCUGACCCGUCCCGUGUUGGCGCUGCACAGAACCCAUUACUUGGUGGUACAGAUCUUUCUACUAUGAUAGAACGCGGAGGGCCUGGUAAAUAUGAUAUGGAUGGUUAUUCAAAAAUGCACAACCGUGGGGGUGCAUCUGGUUCUGACAGAAGCUUACUACAAGCAUUCAGAGAAAUUUCAACCAUGGCUGAUCGAAUAAAUUUACCAAAGAAUAUUGUGGACCGGGCAAACACACUCUUCAAGCAAGUACAUGAGCAAAAAAGUUUGAAAGGCCGAAGUAACGAUGCAAUUGCUUCAGCUUGUCUUUGUAUUGCUUGCAGACAAGAAGGUGUUCCUAGAACAUUUAAAGAAAUUUGCGCUGUCAGUAAAGUAUCUAGGAAAGAAAUUGGACGUUGCUUCAAACUCACCCUGAGGUCUCUUGAAACAAGUGUUGAUCUCAUCACAUCAGGGGAUUUUAUGUCUCGGUUUUGUUCCAAUUUGGGAUUAUCAAUGGCAGUUCAAAAGGCAGCUACACAUAUUGCAAAGAAAGCUAUGGAGCUUGAUUUAGUGGCUGGUCGAAGUCCAAUCUCAGUUGCUGCUGCUUCAAUCUAUCUUGCAUCUCAAGCUUCCGAUGGAAAGAAGUCGCAAAAAGAAAUUGGUGAUAUUGCUGGUGUUGCUGAUGUAACAAUUCGACAAGCCUAUCGACUUAUGUAUCCAAAAGUUGCCGAGCUAUUUCCAACGGACUUUAAAUUUUUUACUCCUAUUGAGAAACUGCCUAGUUCAUAGCAUUUGUACUUACUUCUUGUUGUUACUUAAUUGCCCAGGCUGCAACAAUUAUUUAUGGAGAAAAUAUUAAAGUCAAUACCUCA